GUACCGGUCGACGACUACAAUUCGCAUUUGACAAAAUUCGUUGGUUUUUCGGUUCGUUUUGGUUUUUUUAGUUUUUUUUUUUGUUUGUUGUUUCGCUUACUUAUUUUUUGUGAUUACGGUUUUUUUGUGCUAUAUAAUAUUAUAUAGAAAUUAGGAAAUAAAGAUUUUUAAAAAUGUAAAUGAUUCACUCAUUAUUAACGUAACAAUAAUUAUAAAUAUUUUUUAACUGUUUUUAUUCAAAAAAAGUUUUUAAUCAAUAGUGGUAUAUGAUCGCACUUGAAAUUUAACACGAAUCUACUAAAUGUGUUUGGGCGGCGUCCACUACGAACUCGCGGCGGCGUCAUGGCGGACACGAUUUGAGCAGUUGCGUAUGCGGCGCGUACACAGCCGCGGCCGAUGUGGAUCCCGAUGAUGGCUGCGGCCGCACAACACGACAGGGUCGUACUGUCACCGCGCCGGUUGCAGCAGCACCAACAGCAGCAGCACACGCCGUCGCCGGAUCGCGAUCGACAUGGCCGGCGCACAUAUCUGCACAUGGUGCCCAUACUGCCACCUCCUCCGGCCGGUCCUGCGAUCAAUGACAGCCAAGACACAAUUAUUUCGGAUCGCCUCCAAGAUACUUCAUUCCAAUAUGCAUCCGCCGCACCAUCAGUCAUUUCAGGAAAUGCAUUCACUACCCCGUCAAAAAUCCCCAACUCUAUCAACAAAUUGAAUUUGAUACAGUCACACACAAAUAAAUGGGGCAGCUCAAGAAAGGUGCACGAAAGAUCCACAGGACCAGACUGGUUCGAGACGAAAAUGGCGAACGCAAAGAUGGAGAAAAAAAGAUCAUCAAAGUGUUUUUGGAGCUCAUCAUUCGUAGUGGACCCAACCACGCAUUUUCAUUAUAAGUGGCUUAUGUUAGUAACCGUCACAAUUCUUUACAACUUGGUAUUUGUAAUCGGCCGUGGUGUAUUCUGGGAACUGAACAACGCGAUGCCGACCAUUUGGUGGAUACUAGACUACGCUUCUGAUGGGAUCUACGUGGUCGACACACUUGUACAUGCACACGAAGGUUUUCUGGACCAAGGUCUCAUGGUCCGCAAUUCUCAUAAGCUACGGGAAAACUACUUCAGCACGUCUAAAUGGAAAUCAGACUUUCUGAGCCUGCUUCCCACCGACUUGGCGUACUUGUGGUGGCCGUCAGGCAGCUGUUCGGCAGACGUUCUGCCCUGUCCUGUAAUCGUCCGUGCCAAUCGACUGCUCCGAGUACCCAGGAUGCUGGAGUUCUUCGACCGCACGGAAACCAAAACCGGGUACCCAAACGUGUUCCGCAUUUGCAAGGUGGUGUUUGCCAUACUUAUACUAAUACACUGGAACUCGUGCUUAUACUUCGCUAUAAGCUAUGUGAUCGGAUUUGGGUCGGACAACUGGGUGUACAACUUGCAAGGUGCUAGGAAUUCAUCGCUAUCUAGACAGUACAUUUACUGUUUUUAUUGGUCGACACUCACGCUCACAACUAUAGGUGAGACACCGCAGCCGGAAAACGAACUGGAACACGUAUUCGUGGUGGCCGAUUUCCUCGCCGGUGUACUCAUUUUUGCCACGAUCGUGGGAAAUAUCGGCAGUAUGAUCAGCAACAUGAAUGUGGCCAGGGUAGAGUUCCAGAACCGCAUGGACGGCGUCAAACAGUAUAUGGCUUUCAGGCGGGUUUCCAAGGAACUAGAGGCUAGAGUUAUCAGAUGGUUUGCCUACACCUGGGCUAACAAACAGGCUCUUGAUGAAGAACGUGUAUUGGCAGCUUUACCAGAUAAACUAAAAGCUGAAAUAGCUAUACACGUACAUCUCGACACAUUAAAGAAAGUCGAGAUAUUUCAGGACUGCGAACCUGGCCUAUUAGAAGAACUCGUGCUCAAACUCAGACUCCAAGUAUUCAGUCCUGGAGAUUACAUAUGUCGUAAAGGAGAUGUGGGCAAAGAAAUGUAUAUAGUAAAGAGAGGCAUCCUUAGUGUGGUUGCCGACGACCAAAAAACCGAAAUCGCCACUUUAAGCGCUGGAAGCGUUUUUGGAGAGGUAAGCGUGCUAGAAAUAGCUGGAAACAAAACAGGCAAUCGUCGCACAGCCAACGUCCGGAGUUUAGGGUACUCUGAUCUAUUUUGUCUAUCUAAAAGAGAUCUCUGGGAAACACUAAGAGAUUAUCCCGAAGCUAGACACAGCUUAAUGCAACGUGGUUGUCAGCUUCUACGAAAGGAUAGGCUAUUAGAUGAGGACGCGUUCCUGCAAGCUCAAACGCAGAAUGAAACCAUUAACGAAGCAGUGUCUAGAUUAGACUGUAACCAUUUCGUGUCUCCGAAUCGAGGUGUGGAAGGAUACAUUAGAUUAGCCAACAGCAGGGAUGACUUCGGGCAGCCGACUAUGCAGCAGUCUAAUCGCAAGCAGUUGAAGCACAAGUCAAAAUUCUCGACAGUCGUUAUCAAACCGAACAGGAAGCAGUUCGCGCAAGUUUAUACAACUAUGAAAGAUGUAACUACUCGGUUGUCAAAUCUCGUGACCGAAUAUUACAAUCAAAACGUCAAGCUCAAUGAAAAAAUUACCGAAUUGGAGGAACAAAUACGAGUUGUCAAAUAUCAUUCAAUAACUGAUUCAAAAUACGAGGAUCAACAGGGUUCGAAUGUUGAAAAUGACUCAACUUCAUCAUCUAGCCAAUCAACGGUAUUCGGAACUUAUGCCACAAGGAGAUCGUUUAACGUUCCCAAGAAUUCUUGGGCUCGAAGGCGUCGUAAACUUAAGUCUACCUGAUGUUUAACGGAUGGGCUAUCUCAUUUACAGGAUCCAUAUGCUUCGGCUUAAUAUAAACUACGGUGAUUAGUGUACAUAUUGUUAAUAUUGGAUAGUUAAAAAAAAUCAACUGCCAAUAUUUAAGUAAAUUGUAUGCACACGUUUUAUAUUAUAUGGAUCAGUGUAGGCGAUUAAAUUUGGGAUAGUCUACUAAAAUUUACAUAUAAAAAUAUAUAUACAAUACAUAAAAUAAAAAAUUUUACACCUCAAUAGAUCAACUUUCUAUUAUA